AUGAUGUUGAUCCGGCUUCUGCGACUACGGCAUCCGCGUAGCUCCGAAUAUGCGCAUUGGAGCUCUUCGCUCGAUGUCCCGGGUCGCUCUGUUGGUCAAUGGUUCGGGGAAAAGCCUAUCUCAGUGAUGUUCAAAAAGGGGAAAAGCGUCGUUCGAAAACUCGCGUUAGCUCGUUUUGGACCACCUUCUACUUUUGAACCAGUUCUCGACCCUGAGCGUAGCGACCCAAAGAAAGGCGCACUGGCAGCUCGUAGUCGCAGCAAACGCACUUUGAUUGUUCAAUCAUUACAUUAA